UACCCUGGUUGUGAGGAAGGGGAAGCCGGAAGAUGUGAUCAGUGAUCUGAUUACUCAGUUGGGCUCUGUCAGUGCUGUUGCCUUCCAUGAAGAGGCCACGAAGGAGGAGCUGGAUGUGGAGAAGGGGCUGUGCCAGGUGUGUAGUCAGCACGGGGUGAAGAUCCAGACAUUCUGGGCAUCCACGCUGUAUCAUCGGGACGACCUUCCCUUCAGGCCUAUUGCCAGGUUGCCCGAUGUCUACACCCAUUUCCGAAAAGCAGUGGAAUCUGAGGCGAAGGUCCGGCCAACCCUGCUGAUGGCAGAUCGGCUAAAGCCUCUGGCUCCAGGGGUGGAAGAAGGAUGUGUCCCUACAAUGGAGGAUUUGGGACAGAAGGAUCCUGUGACUGAUCCACGAACAGCUUUCCCCUGCAGUGGAGGAGAGACCCAGGCUUUAAUGAGACUGCAGUAUUAUUUUUGGGAGACGAACCUGGUUGCCUCUUACAAGGAAACUCGGAAUGGACUGGUGGGAAUGGAUUACUCAACCAAAUUUGCACCAUGGCUGGCGCUGGGCUGCAUUUCACCUCGAUACAUCUAUGAGCAGAUCCAGAAGUAUGAGAAAGAGAGAACAGCUAAUCAGAGCACAUACUGGGUCGUGUUUGAACUGCUAUGGCGAGAUUACUUUCGAUUUGUGGCCCUGAAGUAUGGCAAAAGGAUUUUCUCAUUAAGAGGGCUUCAAAGUAAUGAGGUCCCCUGGAAAAAGGACCUUCAGCUCUUUGACUGUUGGAAAGAGGGCAAAACAGGGGUUCCUUUUGUUGAUGCCAACAUGCGAGAGCUGGCUGCGACGGGCUUCAUGUCUAACAGAGGACGGCAGAAUGUCGCCAGCUUUCUCACCAAGGACCUGGGUCUGGACUGGAGGAUGGGAGCAGAAUGGUUCGAAUACCUGCUGGUGGAUUACGAUGUUUGUAGCAAUUACGGCAACUGGUUAUACAGCGCUGGUAUUGGCAACGACCCACGGGACAACAGGAAGUUUAACAUGAUUAAACAAGGCCUGGAUUAUGAUGGCAAUGGGGAUUAUGUCCGGCUGUGGGUCCCAGAACUACGGGGCAUAAAGGGAGCAGACAUCCACACCCCUUGGGCACUGACCAGUGCUGCUCUCUCCCAGGCAGGAGUAACUCUAAGCGAGACCUACCCACAGCCAGUUGUGACAGCCCCAGAGUGGAGCCGACACAUCAACCAGAGGCCUCAGGGAAGAAGCCCCCAUCCUAGGGGCAGCAGAGGACCUGCACACACCCCAGUGCAGCACAGAGGGAUAGAUUUUUACUUCUCUCGCAAGAAGGAUGUAUGA